GCGAGUGCGGUACGUCCCGGCACUAUGGUGGGCGUGGGCCCUAAGCGACGCUCGUCGGCGGCCCCUGCGGCGGCAGAGGAGGAACUGCAAGCACGAGAACAGAUGCUGGAGGCGCGGCGCGCGGAGGGCUUGGAAAGCGAGGGUGUGACUCUACAGAGGAACAUUACGCUAGUGAACGGAGUGGCCAUCAUCGUAGGCACCAUCAUCGGCUCCGGCAUCUUCGUCACACCUACCGGUGUUCUCAAGGAGGCCGGCUCACCCGGGCUGUCGCUGGUGGUGUGGGCCGUGUGUGGUGUCUUCUCCAUUGUGGGCGCUCUCUGCUACGCCGAACUGGGCACCACCAUCUCCAAAUCCGGCGGUGACUAUGCCUACAUGCUGGAGGUCUACGGCUCGCUGCCCGCCUUCCUCAAGCUCUGGAUAGAGCUGCUUAUCAUCCGACCCUCCUCGCAGUACAUCGUGGCGCUCGUCUUCGCCACCUACCUGCUCAAGCCGCUCUUCCCUGCCUGCCCGGUGCCGGAGGAGGCCGCUAAGCUCGUGGCCUGCCUCUGCGUGCUGCUGCUCACGGCCGUGAACUGUUACAGCGUGAAGGCUGCCACCCGGGUCCAGGAUGCUUUCGCUGCAGCCAAACUCCUGGCACUAGCCUUGAUCAUUCUGCUGGGCUUCAUCCAGAUCGGGAAGGGUGAUGUGUCCAAUCUGGAUCCAAAAUUCUCAUUUGAAGGCACCAACCUGGACGUGGGAAACAUUGUGUUGGCGUUGUACAGCGGCCUCUUUGCUUAUGGGGGAUGGAACUACCUGAAUUUUGUCACAGAGGAGAUGAUCAACCCCUACAGAAACCUGCCCCUGGCCAUCAUCAUCUCCCUCCCCAUCGUCACCCUGGUGUACGUGCUGACAAAUCUGGCCUAUUUCACCACGCUGUCCACCGAGGAGAUGCUGACGUCAGAGGCUGUGGCCGUGGACUUCGGGAAUUAUCACCUGGGCGUCAUGUCCUGGAUCAUCCCCGUCUUUGUGGGCCUGUCCUGCUUUGGCUCCGUCAACGGGUCCCUCUUCACAUCCUCCAGGCUGUUCUUCGUGGGGUCCAGGGAGGGCCACCUGCCCUCUGUGCUCUCCAUGAUCCACCCGCAGCUCCUGACACCCAUGCCCUCCCUCCUGUUCACGUGCAUCAUGACCCUGCUGUAUGCCUUCUCCACCGACAUCUUCUCCGUCAUCAACUUCUUCAGCUUCUUCAACUGGCUCUGUGUGGCCCUGGCCAUCAUCGGGAUGCUGUGGCUCCGCUACAAGAAGCCUGAGCUGGAGCGGCCCAUCAAGGUGAACCUGGCACUCCCUGUGUUCUUCACCCUGGCCUGCCUGUUCCUGAUCGCCAUCUCCUUCUGGAAGACACCCAUGGAGUGCGGCAUUGGCUUUGUCAUAAUCCUCAGCGGCCUGCCUGUCUACUUCCUUGGGGUCUCCUGGAAAAACAAGCCCAAGUGGCUCCUCCAGGGCAUUUUUUCCAUGACAGUCCUUUGCCAGAAGCUCAUGCAAGUGGUCCCCCAGGAGACGUAAGGGAGAAGAGCCGGGACUUGCCAUGCGGGGCCCGUUUCUGGGCGGACAGAAAAUGCACAAAGAUCAUUUUAAAACAACUCACUAACCUAAAAGCAACUCGGCCCAUCAUCCUGGCAGCUCAGCUGAGCACCCCGCAUCGUCCCUCCACCAGGUCCGGUGCUGGGGACACUGUGAAAACUGGUACAGAUUCAGUCCCAGAAGACGAACUUUUAUCAGUGAGCCUUCAAGAGCGCGCAGCGCAAAUGUGGAACUGAGAAGAGGCUGGGCCUUCUGACUGACCAUGUUGGGUCCUUGUCCUUUUCCACCUUUGUUUAUUUGAAUUAUUUUUUUAACUUAAUUUUUAGGUCAAGUUGGUGCCACAAGGAUGAUUAUUUUUUAAAGAAACGGGGACGGACAGGUAGGGGGAAUCUUUUGUCCCCUUACACUGCCAGCAGAAUGAUGUGCCUCUGGGACCGGCGCCUGUCGUGGGCGUGGCCCCCAGCGCCAGCUUCAGGCGCAGUCUCGAGGGAGGAGGGAUUCCGAGAACCAAACACUAGCUGCCAGUGAGCCAUGAGACUUGGCAAGUCCACUGUGUGGACAAUGGACUUGUACCGACAGAUGCAUGUUUGGCAUUUUUUUCUUCUUUGUUAGUAGAUGUAGUGACAUUGGGAAGACUAACCCUGGGCUUAUGUCUCUGCCUUAAAGACCUGAGGUGGAUCCAUCCCUCUCUAACCCCUAGAAAGGAAAGAAGAUCUCAGUGAAAUGGGCAGCCCCACCUCCACAGAAAGAGUCAGUUCCUGUCGCUGGUGGAGUUCCAGGUUGAGGUCAUGGGCAAUCUGUUUGAUCCUGGAGCUCCCACUGGUUUCUGGGCUAGACCCUGGUCAUUCAGGAGGCCGUGGGGCUCCUGGCUUUGUGCCUCCUGCCUGGCAUGGCGGCCUGAGCAAAGACACAAAGGCAGGAGGAUUUGGGCCCCUCCUGUGGGCAGCGCGCCAGGCCUGGUUUGCAGGUAAUGCUGCCUCCCAAUCUCUUCUGUAUCCAGUUUGGGAGUUAACUCAAGUUCUCUCAGACAAAGCCCCAGGCUGGAAAUCUAGCAACAGAUGCCACCAGGAAGGCAGAUGCUCAGACCCUUAAUGGCUUCUCAUCUAUGCCCCCCAUGCAGCCCUUCCCAGGAUAUCCAGAAUUGGCCUCAGUGGGUGGAUGGCAACCCCAAAAGGCUGACUGGGGCUGGCUUCAGCUCCUGGCCGGGGCACCAUCAUCCCCUCCUGCCACUGGCACAGCCUGCCCCAGACUCAGUUCUAGUCAACAGAAGACAGAGCCAUGCCUUGCUCACUGCUCCAGCUCUGCACCUGCUGCGGCGGCUGCCCUGGCUCUCCAGGAGCCUGGCUGCCAGCACAGCAUGUCCACCGCCUCUCCGGAGAGGCUUUGUCCCCGGACUCCCGUGGUGUUUGGCCCAAGGGAGACAGCUGAGGCCCAGCCAACACGUCUGGCAACCAGCUGGCUUUCCUGAGCUGUCGCUAUGCCCAGGAAGCCAUCCUGGGGAGCAACAUCAGCUAAGUUCGGGUUGUCUUCCUCUAGGCCCUCGUCUUAGGUGCUGGGGCUCUGCCUUGUUCUCUGACCACUUACCUUUUCCGAGCAAGAGGUAGAGCUGGGUCCUCAGGCAUCAGGCCUCAUUGCUCAGCCAUGUGAGCUUCCAACGGCCCAGCCAGCCAGCUGCCCCCCACCUGGGCUCCAGGAACCCCACACAGUCCAGUGAACCUGCAGGAAGCUGACAAGGGUCUUUGGAGACCUGGGCUAGGCUAGGUCUAGAGGCUGAAAGGAGUCAGCCAGGUGUCUGUCUCCCCCCACCCACCACCCCCUGCUAGAAGGAGGCAGAGCUGGUCAGGAGACCUGUGCCAUCCUGUGACUUCUGGUGCGUAAGGACAGGCCUCUACGCAAAGUCUCCUUAUCUCAGGGCCAUAUGUCAUUUAUCCGGGGUGGAGCUCCAGGCCUGAGGGUGGAAAACCCCUGAGGCAAGCUGGCUGGAUGGGCCAUUCGAAGCUGCAGAGACCUGGCUGCACACUUCCUGUGUGGGGCAGAAUCCUUGCCCUGGGCCUCAGUUUUCUCACCUGCAAAUGGGGGCAGUGGUCAGUCUGUGUACCACCUGCCUGGUGGUCUGCACGUGUCCCGGAGACUGGACCUUGUAGCGACUGCAGCCCCAUGCACAGGUGGCAGGGUGCUGCCUCAGGUGCAUGACCCGCCUGCCUUUUCACUGGAUCCAGCAGCAGCUGCUAAACAGACAGUUGGCCUCUUCUGGUGGGGGGAGGGGGCACUUGGGCUCCUGUCGUGCUUCCAACCUCUGGCUCUGGAGCGAUAGAUAGGACCUUGCCAGAUGUGGGGUACCAGGCAGCCCUGUCCAGACCACAGUGGCCGCCCCACAGCCAUCUUCAGCAGCCUGCGGACAGGUGUGCAUCAUGGGGAACUGGGGCACUGUCGCCCCUGCAGGGCUAGACUGGGGCCCCAGGGCCCCCUAUCCACACUGAGGCAGGGGCUGGAGCGGGCACUGAGAGAGAGGUCAAAGGCAGUUCUGCAGUGCGGCAGGCUGUCCCUAGCACCUGGGCUGGGACCUCUGCUGAAGGUGGGUGGGAGGCCCAGUCUGUGAUUCUUGGGGCUAUGCUUCCCAACUCAACCCAGCCCAGGGACCCACCUCAGCAGGGAGGGACUUCCCGGGGCUGCAUCCUGAGGUGCCUGCCUGCAGACACCCCGGGAUCCUGCCGUGUUGGCACCUGGGGAGCAGAGACUUUGCUCUUUCUGACCAUUCUACUGACUUGUGUCUGGAGCGUUCACAUUUGUGAGGACUAAUUUUUUUUUUUUUAACCAAACCCCGGCAUAACCAGCAAACAUUUGUCCAGUGUUGUGCUGUUCUGUUCUGUUCUGAGGUCUCACUAACGUGUAAGAUGCUGUUGGCGCCGUGUUUAUUUAUUUGCAGGGCCAGGUAAGCCUGGCUUCUCCAGCAUAUUUCUGCUGUCUUGUGUCCUUGUCGGAGUCCCCGCCACAUACAUCAGUGCUGCCACUGGGACAUUCUCGUCGGCCCGGCCGGAAUACCUCCACCAUGUGAUGACGUGUGUGGCUUCAGUGUCUCUCUCUUCUCGUGUUAAUGGCUAACCUGUUACACUUGGCUGGUUAGGGAUGGGGAGUUUUGUUUUAUAGUGUGUGGGUUUUUUUGACUUUUUUUUUAAAGAAAAUGAUCAGAAUUAUAAG